AUGUACAACACCAUCUCCAGUGAUCUUUUACACACAAUUCUUGAACCGAAUACCACCGCAUAUGAAGCUUGGACCGCUCUUGAGAAUAUCUUCCAGGAUAAUAAGAGCUCUCGCGCCAUUCACCUCCUUCACAAGUUCUUAGAUACAAGCCUAGACGGAUUCCCAAACGUCUCAGCAUAUUAUCAAGCUCUUAAAGUCCUAUCCGAUCAACUCGGAAACGUGGGAAACCCGGUAGACAAUGAACGAUUGGUUCUCCGGUUGAUAUCCAGUCUCAAUGAUCAGUACGAAGGCAUAGCAACUAUACUCCAACAACAGGACCCGUUGCCUAGUUUUUACGAUGCCAGGUCAAAACUCAUACUAUUCGAAAUCCGCAAAGCCGAGCAGGCCCUUCAUGCAGCUCAGACCGCCGGGAACCGCACUCCAUGCUAA